GGGCGGGGCGAGGGGCGGUUCCCGGGCGGAGGCCAGAAGUGCUUCCCGGCCGGCUGCCAACGCGGGCUGCAUCUGGUAGCAGCUGUCUCAGUGCAUUCCUCCCGGGACCAGUCCGCAGUUCCAUGUGUGAGCAGGAUGGAGGCUGACCUGUCUGGCUUUAACAUUGAUGCCCCGCUUUGGGACCAGAGCACUUUCCUGGGGCGAGUGAAGCACUUCUUCAAUAUCACGGAUCCCCGCACUGUCCUGGUACCAGAGCAGGAGCUGGACUGGGCCAAGGUGAUGGUGGAGAAGAGCAGGUUGGGGGCUGUGCCCCCGGGCACCCAAGUGGAGCAGCUGCUCUAUGCCAAGAAGCUGUACGACUCUGCCUUCCACCCUGACACCGGGGAGAAGAUGAAUGUCAUUGGGCGGAUGUCCUUCCAGGUCCCCGGUGGCAUGAUCAUCACGGGCUUCAUGCUCCAGUUCUACAGGACGAUGCCAGCGGUGAUCUUCUGGCAGUGGGUGAACCAGUCAUUCAAUGCCUUAGUCAACUACACCAACAGGAAUGCAGCUUCUCCCACGUCACUCAGGCAGAUGGCCGUUUCCUAUAUCACAGCCACAACCACCGCGGUGGCCACUGCUGUGGGCAUGAACACAUUGACUAAGAGAGCCCCACCGCUGGUGGGCCGCUGGGUGCCCUUUGCUGCUGUGGCUGCUGCCAACUGUGUCAACAUCCCCAUGAUGCGACAGCAGGAACUCAUCCAGGGCAUCUGCGUGAAGGACAGGAACCACAAUGAGCUUGGUCAUUCCCGGAGAGCUGCGGCCAUAGGCAUCACCCAGGUGGUUAUUUCUCGGAUCACCAUGGCAGCCCCUGGCAUGAUCUUGCUGCCGGUCGUCAUGGAAAGGCUGGAGAAACUGCAUUUCAUGAGGAGAGUCCGGGUCCUGCACGCUCCGUUGCAGAUCAUGCUGUCUGGGUGCUUCCUCAUCUUCAUGGUGCCAGUGGCAUGUGGGCUCUUCCCGCAGAAAUGCGAACUGCCAGUCUCCUAUCUGGAACCAGAGCUCCAAGACAGCAUCAGGGCCAAGUCCAAGUAUGGAGAGCCUGUGCCUUAUGUCUACUUCAAUAAGGGCCUCUAAAUGCCCGCCCAGCGAGGACCAGCCCGUACCCAUACUUACCAGUGCCUCCUUAGCCACCGUGGGUACCUGUGCCCUCAUUCCUCUUGGCCGACAGGGCCUAAAGGCCAGGGUGGAUUCGGGGAGUGAGGGUGGGGUGGGAGGAUGCCUCAUGCUUCCACCCAGGCACCUAGAUUUAUGGGACUCCAGGGGAUAAAAGUGAACAAAGGGAGAAAGGCCACGUCUUCUGUCUGCCCUCCCUGAGCCCCGCCCCUGCAGACCAGGAGCUGAGACCCCCGCAGGGAGAAGUUGCUGGGACCUGUGGGAGACACUCAAGGACACCAUUUGGAAAAAGUAGGAACCCUUUGGGAUUCUGGUUCUGGCCGGUUCUGAGGAAGAGCCUGCCUUCCUCCUCAUCUGCUGGGAACCUUCACCCAGCAGCUCUGGCUCUCUGGGGAAGGGGGAGGGAAGAAGCCGGGUCACCUCGAGGCUCCUCAGAGCUCUUCCCCGCUCUCCUCCCCAGGGCCCCUGGUCACAAAGCUUCUUUGGGAGUCUUGCUAAACUUGAGUUUAUCAGGCACCCAGGAGUUCUUAGUGUGGAAAACAAAGGACCCUGGGUGAGGCAGCAGUCUCGUGGUGCUUCAAGCCCUGUCUGUCAACACUGGCUUUGUUCUCCAGCCCUGAAAUCAUACCUGCUUCUACUUCUGUGUGUCUGAGAGAUAAAUCCACUGUGAGUAAAAAGGAUGUCUGUAGGCAUUAACUGCACAUUUUAGUGGGUAUAAUUUCCUGGCUACCUCCCUUCCUCAGCCCAUUGGCUUAAACACCAAAGAAAGACUGGUGUGUACUGAAUAGGAAAGGGAAGUUUUAUUUGGACACCUCUGAGAGGAAAUCAACCAGGACCAAAGAGCCUUAAAGGACACACAGCAAAGCGCAGCCGCUCGCCCUUCCCAGCCUGGCAGCUUUCUCAGGCUCCUGGGGGAGGGGGUUGUUGUGGCUGACGUGGGGCCAAUGUCCGUAUGAGUUUUGUCUAGUAGAAUUUACUGACUGAUCAAAGGAUAUUACUGUGAAUCGAACACAUUUCUUGGAAGAGCACAACGAACUGUCUGCACACUGAGUUAAUAAAGCCUGGAUGGAAAGCAGGCUCUGGUCUUACUUUGGCCAUGGAGUGGGGGAGGAUAUCGCAGCUCUAAAGGGAAACUGUGUGGUGCCCGGAGGCCCUUGUUUGUCUUCCUUACUGCAGAGGAAAAUCCACCUGUCUUAGCUUGAGGCUCCAGAGUUCUCCCACCACCAGAGCUGUGUUGCUCUGGGGCGGGAGUUGGCAAACCAUGGCUCGAGGGUCCAAAUCUGCCUGCUACUUGUUUUCGUGUGCUUGGGAAACUAAGAAGGGUUUUUACAUUUUUUAAAGGUUGUAAAGAAAGGAACAGAAUACAUGAUGGAGCCCCUAUAUAUGUGGCAUGCAGAACCUAAAAUAUGUACUAUCUGACCCUUUACACAAAAAGUUUCCCAUACUCUGGAGCAAUGGUUCUUAACAUGCAUCGAGUUCACCUGGAGUACUUCUCAAAACGCAGACUAUAGGGCCCCAUCCCUAGAAUUUUUAAUGAUGUGGGUCUGGAUUGGAGCCUGUGAAUUUGCAUUUCUGGUAACUUCCCAGUGAUGCUGAUUUUUUUGGUCUGGGGACCACAACUUAAGGACCACUACUCCUGGGAGACACUCUAAAGAGAAAGGGCCUCCUCCCUGAGGUCAAGGUACUGCCCGUAAUUUGCUUUUUUAUCCAUUAAAAACAUUAGAAUAUAAUUCAUAUAACAUAAAAUUCAUCUUUUUAAAGUGCAUAAUUCAGUGGUUUUUUUUAGCAUACUCACAAUGUUGUGCAACUAUCACUACUGUCUAAUUCCAGGAUAUUUUCAUUACCCCCCAAAGAAACUCUGUACUCACCACUCCCUAUUACCUUCAUCCUCCAGCCCCUAGCAACCCCUAAUCUAUUGUCUUAUUUCUAUGGAUUUGCCUAUACUGGACACUUCAUAUAAAUGGAAUCGCAGUA